GGGGAUGGAUGAAGUGUGGGGUUGGUGGAUGGAUGGAGGGGAGUAUCUGGGGAUGGAUGGUGGGUAGAUGGAUGGAGGAAAUGUGGAAAGGGAUGGGUAGAUAGACAGGUACUUGGCUGUAUAUGGCUAAAUGUGGUAUUUAGGGAUGAGGUUAUAGAUAGAGAGGAUGUGCAAGUGGAUGGGUAGAUUGAUAUACGUGUAUAUGAGGAUGGGUAGAUGGAUGGAGAGAUGGAUGGGGUAUGGGGGCAUGGAUGGAUGGAGGGUAUGAGUGGGAAGGAAUGCAGAGAUAGAAAGGUAUGUGGGUGUAUAUGGGGAUAGAUAGAUGGAGAAACUAUAUAGGGAUGGAUAGGUAGAGGGGCAGCAGCAUUAAAAAUGGACCCACCUGAAGGAAUAGGAAGGGCUGCCCUGCAGAGGGACACCAAAGAGACAGAGCACGAAGAGACAGAGUUUGCCCCAGUAGGGAUACCGUUUGCCCUGGUGGCGACUGAAGCCGCUUUGAAGGUAACUCUCUUGGAAGUGGGAAGGGUGAUGUAACCCCAGCAGGGUUAGAAUGAGAGACAGUAGCAACAGGCCAAGAAGAGCCCUGGCCUGGGAUUGGCUGAGAGGCUUGGUUAAAAGAGGGGAGCAGUUUUCCCGGGAAGAGAACGAAGGAGAGAGGGGCGGUGAGAGACAGGCUGGAGACCAGGGAAAGGAUCUCCCCACGGCCAUCCCUCCGAGAGCUCCUGGCAGAGUCCUGCAGAAGUAGCAGCAAGAAGCAUUGGAGAAGAGCGCUGCACUGUGUCCUGUUCUCCCUCCCUUCUCCUCGGAGCCGCACCGGGGCAGGACAAGAGAGGAGCUGCCUGUGAGGAGACUCCAAGCCUGGGAAAACCCUCCUGCAAGCCCCUGUGUGGCUGGGUGAGGACAGAGCCAGGGACAGCUCCCACCGGCAUGGAGACCUCAAGCCCUACAAGCUCCCCAGGCACUGGCAACCAUGACAAGCUUACGAGGGGCAUUCAUAUCUUCAGCAUGAUCAUCUACAGCAUUGCCUUCCUGCUGGGUGUGACGGGAAAUGGGCUGGUGAUUUGGGUCACAGGCUUCCACAUGAAGCGAACAGUCAACACUGUGUGGUUCCUCAACUUGGCCAUCGCGGAUUUUAUCUUCACCUUCUUCCUCCCCUUGAACAUCACCAGCAUAGCUAUGAACUUCCACUGGCCAUUUGGGAGAGCCCUCUGCAAACUCAACGGGGGAUUGGCUUCCCUCAACCUUUAUGCCAGUGUCUUCUUCCUCACGGUCAUCAGCCUGGACCGUUGUGUCUGCGUGGUGUCUCCUGUGUGGACACAGAACCAUCGUCAGCCCCGCCUAGCCUCACUUGUGGCCUUGGGCAUCUGGAUCCUGUCCUUGAUCCUUUGCAUUCCCUACUGGUACUUCCGGGAGAUAGAUUACGAUGACUCCAAGAAUGUCACCUACUGCUAUAAGGAGUUUGGCACAACUGGUGAGGAGGCCACGGAGGAGGAGUGGAAGUGGGUGAGCACCUCCAACAGCCGAGCCACAGUCAUCAGCCGCUUCAUCUUUAGCUUCAUCAUCCCCUUCUACAUCAUUGUCAUCUGCUACGGGGUCAUCGUGGUCAAGCUCCUCACCAGCCAACUGGCACUCUCCAGCAAGCCCUUCAAGAUCAUUGCUGUGGUGAUCGUGGUCUUCUUCCUCUGCUGGUUCCCCUUACAUGUCUUCUCCUUCCUUGAGAUGGAUGACCUGCCUAAGUUUAGGACAGCCGUCCACAUCGGCAUGCCAUUGGUUUCCAGCCUGGCCUUCGUCAACAGCUGCCUCAACCCCAUCCUCUACGUUUUCAUGGCUCAUGACUUCAAAGAGAAGCUACGACACUCCCUGUUCUUGGCCUUUGAGAAGGCCUUCACUGAGGAUGCCCCCAUAGUGGCUGUCCAGACUCAGUCCACCAUGAAGUCAGACUCCCAGGCCUUAUAGACUCCUCCUCCAGGCCUCUCCCAUUCCCACUAUCUCUGGAGUAGGAAGAGAAGUUGUCAACCAAUAGACCUUCUCCUGCAGCUUCAUCUCCAUGGAGAUAGUAACAGUGGCCUGGUAGGAAUUGUCCUAGGUCUCAUCCUUGCUUUUCCAGGAAGAAACUUUGGUGUUGAACCUUUUCAGUUGACCAAUGGGCUCCAUCUGAAUGCUGAUGGAAUUUCUUACUACUAUUGGAUGUUUCUUCCAGCCCCAGCCCUUUCAAGCUACUUCCAGCCUCUACAUAUGCCCCUUUGAUGUUAUUCCAAUGUUUUGUUCACUAGUUUGAUGAGACCCCCAUGUUCUGUAUUAGGUGAAGUGAUUUCCAUAUUUCCUGACAUAUGACCUGCAACUGUCCCUCAAAAUUAGCUACUCGUGGUGCAUUUGCUUGCAUAUUUCAUGGGCUUUACUGGCCAAUGGUUUCUCAUGUAAUGACCCAUCCUGGGAUCAGCCCCAUCAGAGGUGUAUUCUACCAGGCAAAGGAACUUUGUGGAGAAGCCUCUUUGGAAGCCUUGUUUCCUUUUUCCUUGAGAUGGGUUUGGGAUCCAUUAAGUCUUGUUAACUGUUGAUGGAAUAAAAGCAGUCAAUAACAGUGA